CAUCAUUCAACUGAAUAGUUGUUUCGCGUCGACUGUACCUAAUGUUUGAAUAAUAUUGCAAAAAUAAAUAUUAUCAGACUCAGGGUGUGGUUAUGAGUUAAUAACAUUUAGUAGAUAGAGUCAUAGUUCCGAUUACGUAAUUACUUUAAAUGAGAUAAUAGUGACCUUGUUUUGCUUCUUUAUCUAAUUGUUCCAAACAUUAGACUACAACGAUUAAUUUAUAUACUCAGACUAAUAAAAUACUGUAAUGAUAUCGUGAAAUCGCGUUGGAAUUUUACAAAACGGCAUUCAGUCACGAAAGCUGAGUCGAUAUCGCGUUCCUGAACGCACCGCAGAGCCGUGUCACUGCCCGCCCGCGCUGUCAAAAUAUAAAAAAAAUGACUGAGGAUUCAAAGAAAAAAACUUUUUUGGGAUUCGAUUUUAGUACUCAAAGGUUAAAAGCCAUUGUUAUAGGUGAAGACUUCUCGGUGCUGCAUGAGGCUGAAGUUGAGUUUGAUGUGGACCUACCAGAAUUCAGGACGGCGGGAGGUGUGGUGCGUGGCGAGGGGCGUGGGGAGGUGACAGCACCACCCCUGCUAUGGGUGAAGGCUUUAGACAUGGUGAUGGACCGCUUGGUGGUAGCUGGAGUGGACUUCUCCAUCAUUGAGGCUCUCUCAGGGGCUGGCCAGCAACACGGAUCAGUGUGGUGGUCGAAGGAUGCUGAAACCAAGUUGUCCAAGCUGUCUCCGGACGAGUUCCUUCACACGCAGCUGGCGACCGCCUUCGUGUGCGACUCGCCGGUGUGGAUGGACUCCAGCACCACUGCUGACUGUAAGGCCUUGGAGGAAGCUAUUGGAGCUGAGGAGUUAUCUCGCAUCACAGGCUCCCGCGCCUACGAGCGCUUCACAGGUCCCCAGAUCCGCAAGAUGUUCCGCACGCGGCCGCGCGCCUACCACGCGGCCUCGCGCAUCUCGCUCGUGUCCAGCUUCGCCUGCUCGCUGCUGGCCGGGACCAUAGCGCCCAUAGACCUCGCCGACGGCUCCGGGAUGAACCUGCUCGAUAUUAGAACUAUGAACUGGGAUGAUAAGGCUUUGGAAGCUUGUGGCGACGAGAACCUAGCAACCAAGCUCGGUACUCCUGUUCCCAGCGCCACGGUAGUGGGAUGUAUCUCUCCGUACUUCGUCGGCCGCUACGGAUUCAAACCUGAGUGCCGCGUUGUCGCCUUUACUGGAGACAACUGCUCUGCUCUAGCAGGUCUUCGCCUCCGCUCGGGGUGGGUAGGACUCUCGCUGGGUACCAGCGACACGCUUCUGCUGGGCCUACAGGCGCCGGCCGCGCCCAGCGCUGGGCAUGUCCUCGUGGGACCCACUCCUGACGCCCCGUACAUGGCGCUGCUGUGCUUCGCUAACGGCUCUCUGACGAGGCAAAACCAUCGCGAUAGGCUGGCCGGGCCCAGUUGGGAAGCCUUCAACGAUUUGUUGAGGUCUACAGUGAGGGGAAAUAUGGGAUACAUGGGCAUCUACUACGACACGGCGGAGAUAGUCCCGCGCGCGGCGGCGGGGCGCUGGCUGCGCGAGGGCGCGGGGCGGGCGCGGGAGCGCGCGGCGCCGCAGCACGAGGCGCGCGCGCUGCUGGAGGGGCAGGCGCUCGCCAGGAGGGCGCAUGCUGAGGACAUGGGCUUCACGCUCGACAAGUCUUCACGCGUGAUAGCGACGGGUGGUGCUUCAGUUAACAAGGAGCUGUUGCAGAUAUUUGCAGACGUCUUCAAUACACCCGUUUACGUGCAGGACCAGCACGCUAACGCCGCACUAUUGGGAGCAGCGAUACGCGCCGCCGAAGUGUGGAGCGCUGUCACAGGGACUAAAUUACCAGGAUCGGAGUUGAAGGUGACUCCGGUAGCGACCCCGUACCCCGACCACGACGAGAUCUACACUCCCAUGCUGGCUCGCUACCGAGAGAUGAUCGAAACCAUUCCCAAGCUCGCCUAAUUAAUAACAAUCUUACUAAUAUUCCGCAUAUAAGUAAAUACUAAUUAUUCCAUAACGAUGGUGCUAAAACUUGAGCUAUUUCCUGCCAAUUCAAGUAAACAUUUGUGAAUCUUGGUACAGAGGAAUGAAGUAUGAAAAUCAAUCAAUUUAUGCGCUUAAGGGGUUUACAAUACAGUGCCUUAUUAGUACUAAUUACGAUAGUAUACGGCCAAGUACUAAAGAUUUGCCGAACAAUGUGUUAUUAUACGAAACGAAAACAAUAUGGUGGCAGGAUUUAGUUCAAGUACCUCUCCACAGCCAAUAUGUUAGUUUAUCUAACGAAAUAUACUUAAUGACGUAACGCUAAUUACGCUUACCAGUUAUAAUCAAAUAUUAACGAAAGCUUAUAUUUUAGCACACUUGCUGCUUAUUCGGCACUUUAAGAGGAAACAUUCCAUCCAUUUUGAUAUAGCUUCGGCAUUUAUUACUUGUUAAGGUGUUGAAUUUUGUUAUUAUUAUCGUUCAGAAUCUGAGGUUUUGUGAUCGUAGUUGUAAGAUGAUUCCACUACAGAUUUGUGAGUUCUGUAACUCGACAUACAUAAAGAACUGAUAUUUAAUUUGAGUGUGAAAUAAUCAGAAUAAUCCUUCUUCAUGUAAUUAAAGGAUAACAAGAAAUAUCGGUUGUUUAUGGGUGGAUAGGGUAGUUUAUGAUUUUAUAAAGACAUUUUAUUUACACGUAACACUUGUUUGGGUGGUACCCGGAAGUUUUUCCAUUAAAUAUGUUAAACUGAAUUCAGUAAGACUGGAUUUUGGAACAUGACCCCUACAUAGUUUGGGUAAAAGCAGAUUUUAUUUACAUUUUAUACUUGACAUAAAUCAUGGUGCUGUACUGUGCAAUAUUCCAUUCACAUUCCGUUUUAGAUCUAUUUAUAGGCAUAAUGUUUUUGACGUGGUGUUAGUAAAUCAUACAGCCUUCCGUUGUUUUGUUGGUUCAUAAACCAUGAUCUGCAAUGCGACUAGAGCUUUUUGUUAUAUAUUGUACUUUUGUUAUUUUUUUAUACACUUUUAUAAUAAAUGUUUGCUAAAAAAA